AUGUCUGACAGACCUCCACUGGAAUCCUUUUUAAAAUGGAAAUUGAGCAUCGAAAGCCCCUCUUUAAAUUAUGCUGCAAAGGCAGUCACAAAAAAUGUCAUUGUGGCAGUGGAUAUUCCCUAUCCAUUGAUAAAGGCUUGGCAUGAAUUCCUAGGGUUGCAGAAGAAGGUUAGAAAGACAGCUGCUGUGGCAAGUCAGCCUAAUCAGUCAGCAUCAACUAGCAGUGAUCUAAGUCCUGCAGCAGUCCAGGAAUACACCUAUGUUGACCUUUUUGAGUAUUGUAUUCCUCAUCAUACCUUUGCCAUAACUGCUGAUGAGCAAAUACGAAAAGAAGUAAACAAUACCCUUGCAAAAAUUGCUGGAAUGGUCCAGAAUUUAUAUGCAAAGGCCAAAGGAGGUAGCAAGAGAGAGGAACUUAACUCAAAAGUGAGAAGAUUCCACAUUUUUGAAGGACAAACACUUUCAGUAACUUGCUUGAGGGAAGAAACUGAGGCUAUUAGAGAUGAACUGGAGGAGUGGAAGCAGAAUUACCAGCAUCUUGAAGCAGAGAGUAAACAGCUAUUUGCAGAAAUGUAUUUAGCCAUUCAAGAGAAGGAACAAAGUUUGUCUAACCUUCAGUCAAAGAAUGAAGAACUCCAACAUUACUUCGAGAAAAUUGAAAAUUCAGACAAAACUUAUGUGGGGAAAGAUAUAUCAGAGGUGAAGAAGAAGUCUCGCACUUUAAAGGAAUUUAUGUGUAGAGCCAAAACUGCUUUGUGGUUUGCAAAGUCAUUUGGACUGGAACUAGAGUCAAUGACUAUGAAUGAGCAAAAGACUGGCAUCAGUCACACAGUAAUGGCUGAAGACCAGAUGUCAAAUUACAAUGGGAACUCAAAUGCAUUUGACUCACUGUCUGAAGAGGAGAAGUCCAAAGUAGAAAAGGUGCUAUUUUUAUUAGAUAAAUUUUGUGUUGGAGACAACUUUUAUCAUGAGCUUACAAUGGUAGUUGAUGGCUUGCCAAAGUCAUACCUUGUAAAGCAAAGGAGAAGUCAGCUGAAUGACAUCUGUCAUAUCACCUCCACCCCCGGUGAGACGGAAGGGGCACAGACAUCAUUCACUGACCUUCUGAGAGACAGGGUUCAAGACUAUGUGGCAAGCCAUCCACAUGUGGAUCAUGUACAAAUCAAAAUUUCAGGGGAUGGGGCGAGAAUGACCAGAAAUUCUAGUUUCAUACUUAUGAGUUUUGCCCUACUCCAUUCAGAUGAUGAAGUUAUGGCAGCAAAAGGUAACCACACCAUAGCUGUUGUAAAGGGUAAAGAACACUACAAUACCUUAAGGCAGUCAUUUGAAGAUGUCUUCAAGGACAUCAAUUCUCUUAUAAGUAAGAAGAAAAUAGAAGUGGGUGGCAAAUCAAUUAAUUUGGAAUUUUUCCUAGGGGGCGAUUACAAAUUCAUUUUACUUGUGAUGGGUUUGAAGGGUGCUACCUCACACUAUGCAUGUGUAUGGUGCAAAAUACACAAAGACAUGAGGUGGGACACAAGCUUCAAUUUAGACCAUUAUCAAUCUCCAGAUCUAAGGAGAACUCUUACAGAGAUGUUUGAACUAGUAAAGAAAAAGAAACAAAAUGACAAAUAUUGCUGUGAACAUGAGCCUCUACUUCAUAUAGAGCUCGAUCAUGUAGUGUUGGAUGAACUGCACCUUCUAUUAAGGAUUUCAGAUGUUCUCAUAGAAAAUUUGGUUCGGGAUGCCUUAGACUGGGACAGAAGCAAAAACUGGGACAAGAGGAAAUGUCAACAAAAAAAUGAACACCUAAAAAAUUUGCAGGCAGCAAUUCGAUCAUGUGGGGUCUCCUUUGACAUAUGGGAAAAAACAAAUGCUGAUGGGAAAGGGUCUGGGCAAUACGAUUUUACUAGCCUCUUGGGGUCAGACAAGAAAAAAUUGCUUAAUGAACUUCCAACCAAACUCAAUGGGAUUAUUCAGCCAGAUACAGUUGAAGUAGUAAAAACUGUAUGGGAAAAGUUUAGGGAAAUAUAUAGCACUGUAACCUGCAGGAAUCCCUCCACAGAAAUGAUAAAUGACUACUUCUGGAAAGCAAAGGAAUGGGUGAAUCUGUUUACAUCACUAGGAGAAAAAAGGCAUGGCUAUAAAAGAGCUAAUGUAACCCCAUACAUGCAUGCUAUGGUCUACCACAUUCCCAUAUUUCUGCAAAACUAUAGAACUAUCAAACUGUUUACAGGGCAAGGAGUUGAAAAAAACAAUGAUAUGGCCAGGGCUAUAGUUCACAAAAAAUCUAACAAAUGGGAUGCUCCUGCUGACAUUCUUAAGCUUGAGUCCAGACAAUGGAAUCUACGCGACAGUGAGCGUGCAAAGAGAACCUACAGUAAAAGGAAAAGUUCCUAUUGGGAACAUGAUCUCAGGGAAAACAGGAAGAGCAAAAGACUACGAGAGAAGAAAAAUUAA